AGUGACCAACUAAACCUCUCUCCCUCCCUUGACGCGUUAUCGAACAACAAUCAAGGGUUUGCGAGUUUGCGAAAUACUUCCCAACUUGACGGCUUCUGACGAAUGAUGAGCUUAUGAACCCCAUGAUUUUGUGUUAUCAUCUCUAGCGACGCCUCCUCUCAUCAUGGACGACCUUUCAGGGCUGGACUGGUCGUCGUCUACGAGCAACAAACCAACCACCAAAGCACCUUCGAUCCCUUCCGGAGCCAACUACUUCGGAUCGAUGCAACAGAGACAGACACCUUCUCCUCUGCCGUCUGCCCGUAACACGCCGAUACCCAUGCAACACUCCCAGUCCAAGCCUGCAGCUCCCCCGGCAACGGGCGCGAAGCCUCCUACGACUACCACAGACAGCUUCAGCAACCUGUUGAAUUUCGGCCCAGCAACCAAGUCCAAUGCGAAACUGAGCUUGCGUGAACAACAAGAGCGCCUCGAGGCCGAGAAGAGGAAGAGGGAGGAGGAGAAAAAGAAACAAAUGGAGAGCCAAUUUGGGGGUGGGCAGUUUUGGGACACGCUCGGGUCACGGUCGGCGACGCGGACUGCCUCCCCAGCCAUGUCGAUGUCGUCCGGGCAGAACGGGAAUGGGAGGCAAGUGGCCGACGACGACGAUGAUCUCUUCGCGGCCUUCAAUGCCGACACAAAAGUCGACAAUGCCAGCUACUACCCACCGCCUCCCGAGAAGAAGCCCUCUCCUUCCGUCGACCCCGUGCUGGACCUUAGCGAUCCGAGCGCCUGGGGGGGUCAGAAGCAACCUUCGCAGACGCAGCUGACCUCAGGGCUCGGAGACGAUGACGACGACCCUUUCGGUCUAAAUCAGCUGAAGGCCAAAGGGCCCUCCCCCGCGCCAGCCCCGCAACGACAACUCGACGACGACGAUGACUUCCUGGGUGACCUGGCGCGGCCCGUGGAAGAGGUGCGUCGGAAACAACCUUCGCCGCAGCCGCCUCGCCAGCCAGAGCCCGGAAAGCCGAUAGAAGGAUCGAGCUCGGACUCCGAGGAUGAACCGCCUGCGCGAGGUACCAGAGGGCCAGUGGACGAGUUCGACAGAGCCGUUUCACAGUUGACGGACUACGGGUUCUCGCCCGAGGAUGCCAGGCGCGGGUUGACGGAGAGCGGUGCUGGUUUAAACGUCCAGGCAGCCGCCAACUGGCUUCUCGACGACGCGCACCGAAGAGCCAAGGCGGAGGCGGAGGGCCGAGACCCCUCGGCAGGCCCGAGACGAGGCCGAGAGAGCAGCCGGCAUGAGAGUCCUCGGAGGACCGACAAUAGGUCACCCGUUGUGGGAGAUGACUUGCAGAAGACCGCGGCGGCGGUGGGAAGCAGUUUUCUGAAGACGGCAAAUUCACUGUGGAAGACUAGCAAGAAGCAGGUGGCGCAGGCCUAUGCGGAGUUCAGCCAGGAGGGGGAUCCGGGCCAACCCAAGUGGAUGCGCGCGGCGCAGCAGGGACAGAUGCGCCCGCCGGCACAAAGACACGAGGCGGAUGUUACGGACGAGGCGCUGAUGCUGGAAGCUGGAACGAGACCCGAGAGGAAAUCGUCACAGGGACCUCAGCAUUCGCGACACGAGCCACCGAGAACGGCAUCGCAGGGACCUUCUCCGGCCUCUCGGAGUCCGGCGUCGUCUAGCCGCAGCACGCCGGCGCCAAGGUGGCAGCAGUCGGCGCCGGUCAUUCCGGAUUCGAAAGCUCGCGCUAGCCGGCUUGUUAUGGAAGAUGAUGGUGCCUCUUCGUACGUGAGCCCUCAUAGGAGGCGAAAAGCAACGCCGCAACCGCAACCGCAACCGCAACCGCAACCCCAACCCCAGCCAGCACAGCGUCCUCAGCAACACGACGAAGAGAAUUUGCUCUUUGGGGCGGAGGCGUCGAAACCUGCUCCCUCUCUACCACAUCGACCUGCUCAACCGCAACCACCCCAGGCGGCCAAGCGUCCAACUCCAUCCGCGACGCCGCGACGCUCUCCUCCGCCGGCUCGUCAGAUACCGAGCAUCGCCCCGUCAGCCAUUCAACAAUCGACGAAACACCGUCUCGACGGCACCCAGCAUUUCAAGCGAGGCGACUACGCAGCGGCCCAUUCGUCGUACACGGCCUCCCUCGCCGCCGUGCCGGACACCCACCCGCUAGCGAUCGUCAUCCUCACCAACCGCGCGCUCACGUGCCUGAAGAACGGCGAACCCAAAAGGGCGGUCGACGACGCCGACGCCGCACUCCAGGUCAUCGGACCCGCGGGAGGCCUAGGCGAGCACGUGGCGGUGACGACGAACGAAGCGGGUGCCGAGGAACGCCGCGACAUGCGCGACCUGUACGGCAAGGCGCUCAGCCGGAAGGCCGAAGCGCUGGAGCAGAUGGAGCGCUGGGCCGAGGCCGGUGCGGCCUGGCAGCUCUGCGUGGAGGCCGGGGUCGGUGGGUCUACGGCUAUCGCGGGUCGUCAGAGAUGCCAGGCGGCGCUUGCGCCUAAACCGAAAGCGAAAGCGAAGCCGACGCCGACGCCCACGUCGCAGGCCCGUCACUCCGCAGCAGGGCCGACGACUCGCCCUCGCCCUCCCCCCCGCCCUACUGCGGCGACGCAGCAGAGCUCGGAGGCGGUGGAGCGGCUGCGGAAGCAGAACCAGGCGGCGGAAGCGGAGGACGAGGAGAAGUUCGUCCUGUCGGAGAAGGUGGAUGCGCGGAUUUCGGGCUGGCGGGACGGGAAGCGGGAUAACCUCCGGGCGUUGCUGGCGAGUCUGCAUACGGUGCUGUGGGAGGGGAGCGGGUGGCGGCAGGUCGGGCUGCACGAGCUGGUGAUGCCGAACAAGGUGAAGAUUGUGUACAUGAAGGCGAUUGCCAAGUGUCACCCCGACAAGCUGCCGCAAAACGCUGGCACGGAGACCAGGCUCAUUGCGGCGACGGUAUUCGCGACGUUGAAUGAGAGUUGGGACAAGUUUAAGACGGAGAAUUCUCUCUAGAUUUAGAUGGAGUAACGUGGAUAGACAAGAAAGAAAGGUUCCGGGGGGGGGAUUGGGAUAUAGAAGGAGGAUGAAUGAGGCAUCUUCACCUUCACGACAAGACGAAAAAUGGGUAGUCAAGCGAGCAGACAGAGCGAAAGACGAGAUCCAAUUCCCCAAAACGCCACGCUACCUAUGCCGCCAUGAUUCCCGUCAUCAACACACUUUGCCUUUGGGACGGUCAGCUGGGAGUAUGUCCUGCCUGCUCUUUAACUUGUGCACGUUUUUGACCGUCCGUUACCCAAGUCGACGGUACUCCGG